UUCCUGCGCGUCGUGCUGGUUGUGCAGCCCAAAGCACGUGUGCUGCGUGUGCCCAACGUUCUUCAAAGUUCGUGUUCCUUCUCCGUUCGUGCGAAGCCGCGAAGAGUUGUCACGUUUUUUCGUGGCCGAGGUUUUCCGGUCAUGAACUUUCUUUCGCACAAGGAGUGCGCGGAGGAGGGCGACACCGCGAUCGUGUACCUGAGCUUCGCCAACAUCUAUGCGGUAAAGCUCUCGCGGGGUGAGGUGUUUCAGACCAAGUACGGAGCCCUCAAACACGACGACGUGAUCGGGCGGACGUACGGAUCCAGGAUCAACUGUUCCCGCGGCUAUGUCUUCGUGCUGGCCGGAACCCCCGAGCUGUGGACGCUCACGCUGCCCCACCGGACGCAGAUUCUGUACACGCGGGACAUCAGCUUCGUCACUUUGCAGCUGGAUCUCAAGCCUGGUUCGGUGGUGUGCGAAGCCGGAACUGGGAGUGGAUCAAUGACUCACGCCCUUGCAAGGACUGUGGCCCCAGAUGGACACAUCUACACCUUUGACUUCCACGAGCACAGGGCCGAGGUGGCACGAAAGGAAUUCGAAGAGCACGGACUCAAUCACGUAGUGACGGCCGCGCACAGAGACGUCUGCCAGGACGGCUUCGGCCUGGAAGACACUGCCGACGCUGUCUUCCUCGACCUGCCACAUCCCUGGAAAGUCAUCGACGCUGCCGCGAAAGCCCUAAAGUCUGAAACAGGAGGUCGGCUGUGCUCGUUCUCGCCGUGCGUGGAGCAAGUGCAGCGCACCUGCCUGGCACUCAGAGACCGAGGCUUCGUGGACAUCACCACCUGGGAGUGCCUGGAAAGGCCGUACGAGGUCAAGCAGGUCACGAUGACCGAUCUUCGCAAACCCGCAUCCUUGGGGGCAUUCCGGAAACAGAAGAAAUCCAAGAAGGGAACGGCAGUCGGUGGCACGCCUGCGGAGGAAUCACCCGUCGUUUUCACGGCCGAUGCUGCCGCUGAAGCCGGGGACGACAACGAUGCAGUGGACGAAGUGGCCGAGGAAGCGACCGAAGACGACAAGAUCCCCAAGCGUGCCUUCUCGUCGGUGAGCCCCGAGUCUGACGGCGGCAUCUGCUUCCAGGCGGCGAUACCUUCGCUCCAGAUACCGGGACACACGGGGUACCUCACCUUUGCCACGCUUCUGGCGUCCUAGGCGAAAAUAUCCUUCACACUGUUCCAAUAAAAACCAUCUGGCCAGUGAAAUUU